AUGGGUCAAACUCACAGCCGAGAGGCUGAACUUGCAGACUCACGUCGCCAGACUACACAACAUAAAUGGAGCAUUCGAUAUGCACUAGGACUGCGAGCCGCAAAGGCACGUGUCCACGAGCGAUAUCCUGGAUCGAGAACAAAUGAUCCAAACGUUGGGAGCGCACCCCAUGCUCGGACAACAAAUGACACACAAACCAGCAACGACUAUGCACACACUCUUACGGAGUCAAGAGGCAAUACUGGGUCUCCAAAGAGACAGCAGAAGCAUAGAAGGGGCAAAUCUAAAGAAGAUCAUGCUAAGUCCAGCGGUCGCCAGCCCGCUCACACGGAUGAUUCUCAAGCGGCCGAUGGACCAGAAGGCCGAGCGAAGAAGCUGCAGCGCAAAAAGCUCGAGUUGCGCCACGCAACACCGAAAUCGACCAAAGAAUGCAAUGUCUGCACCGAAACUCGACCCUUGUUCCAGUUCCCAGAGAGACCACCUACAGAAGAUUGUCAGCAUAGUAUCGACACUUGCACUCAUUGUCUACAAACAUGGAUCGAAUCCGAGUUCAAGUCCAAGAUGUGGAACGAAGUCAACUGUCCAACAUGUCGAGCACGAUUGCAAUUCAACGAUGUCAUGGGCUUUGCUCCGCGGAAUGUAUUUGUCCGCUACAGCAAACUCCACACCAAGGCCAUCUACGAAAAGAUCCCCAACUGGCGCUGGUGCGUUGCCAGAGGCUGCAAGUCGGGACAAAUACACGACGACAAAGACUCGCGCUUCCGGUGCAAGAAAUGCAAGAGGAGUCAUUGCACAGUGCACCUUGUGAGGUGGCACACGAAGGAAACCUGUCGGGAGUACGAGUACAGGACGAAUACGGGCAUCAGGCAACAAGAAGAACUCGCAAGCUACGCACUCAUCGCCAGGACAACAAAGGUGUGCCCGGGUUGUACGCGGAGUAUCGAGAAGAGCUAUGGGUGCGAUCACAUGACGUGCUCCGAAUGCCGCACAGAAUUCUGCUGGGUGUGUCUCGCAUCCUACGUCCGGACGUCCAAUACUCAGGCUCCCACCGUGGGAAUCGAGCAUAGUACAGACUGCAUACAUUACAUGCCACCCAGAGGUGGUCUCGAGAAUCUGUACCAGCUUUAUCAGCUUCGAAUUGAGAAUCCGCAUCGGCAAGAUCCAAGAGGUGAGGCGGCUGGACGGGAUAGAGAUCGUUUGUUGGGGCAAGCGGUUCGGCGGGAUCUUGAUAACAUGUACCAGCCUCGUUCUACCGAUAGUCCGUAUCGAAGGAUAACGAGGUAG